UUCUGCCUGCCUGCGAUGGCCAUGGUGAUACGAUGCUGUUAUAGCCUAAUGGAGAAUGUGCCUUUUUCUUUGUGCCUGUUUAUCUUCGCACUCGGUGGCCUCUCAAAUGCACAGUUACAAUACUCCAUUCCGGAGGAGCUGGAAAAUGGAGCGCAGGUGGGUGACAGCAUCCGAGAUUUGGAUCUGGACCUGAGAAAACUUUCCACCCGGCGCGUCAGGAUCAAGUCAAGCAGCGGGCGGAGGUAUUUCACCAUCGACCACAAAACCGGGAAACUGGUGGUGAGUGACCGCAUUGACCGAGAGACUGUCUGUGAAUCCGUCGCUCCCUGUUUGCUCAGCCUGGAGGUGGUUUUGGAGAACCCGCUGGAGGAGCACAAGGUGGAGGUGGAGAUUCUGGACGUGAACGACAACGCGCCGCAGUUCCCCCAGGACGAAUAUCAGCUGGAGGUGUCGGAGUCCGCACUCACCUCGUCCAGGUUUCCCAUUGAAGGAGCUCAGGACGCAGACGAAGGUUCCAACUCUGUGAAACAGUACCGACUCGGUCCAAACGACCAUCUAACUCUUGACUCCAUGAAACCAUUUUCUGAUAACAAGCAAAUUGAGUUGAUACUCAAAAAGCCUUUUGACCGGGAGCAGGUGGCCUCACACCAGCUGAUCCUAACGGCGAUAGAUGGAGGCACACCACAGAGAACUGGGACAGCCAGAAUCAAUGUCCGCAUCCUUGAUGCCAAUGACAACGUGCCUGUGUUUGACAGUUCCGUGUACAAAGUCAAAGUGCCUGAAAACUCAUCAAAAGAGACACUUGUGAUCAAGUUAAAUGCGACAGACCCAGAUGAGGGCUCAAAUGGAGAAGUAUUUUACUCUUUUAGCAGUUACACACCAGAAAGAGUGAGACAGAUGUUUUUAUUGGACACACUCACAGGGGAAAUUAGGGUGAAAAAUAAUCUAGACUAUGAGGAGACCAACUCCUAUGAAAUGUACAUACAGGCAAUGGACAAGGGUCCAGCCCCUGUGGCAGUUCACUGUAAAGUAGUUGUAGAAGUUGUGGAUGUCAAUGAUAACAUCCCUGAGAUUGUACUGUCUUCACUCUCCAGCCCUGUGCGUGAAGAUGCCCGGGCAGACACAGUGGUGGCAUUGAUCAGUGUGAAUGAUCGUGACUCUGGACAAAACAAACAGGUCAGCCUAGAGAUCAUGCCCAAUCUGCCUUUCAAGAUCAAGUCCUUCAAAAACCACUACACCAUUGUCACAAAUGCUUUCCUGGACCGGGAAACCAUCUCAUUCUACAACAUCACUGUUACUGCUGUAGAUGGAGGCACGCCACCCCUUUCUUCACAAAUGACCUUCAAGGUUGAUGUUGCAGAUGUUAAUGAUAACACACCUCAUUUUGAGCAGACCUCAUAUACUGUUUAUAUAACGGAGAACAAUGCUUUUGGUGCAUCUCUGUGUGUUGUCAAAGCAACAGAUGCUGAUGCUGCGGAAAAUGCUCGAAUCACCUAUACCAUCCUCAAUGACAACAAUCACGGCAUCCCUGUAGCCAGCUUUGUCAGCAUCAAACCUGAUACAGGUGAAGCCUACACCCUGCGAGCCUUUGAUUUUGAAAAGCUACACGAGUUUCAUUUUCAGGUUAAAGCACAAGACAAUGGUGUGCCUCCUCUCAGCCGUGUGGCCACAGUAUAUGUUUACAUUAUGGAUCAGAAUGAUCACUCACCUAGGAUUGUCUCUCCUGCCAAUGGAAGCCACAUGACAGAGACAAUAAUGAAAAAUGAAGAAGCAGGAGUACUGGUUAGCAAGGUGACAGCACUGGAUGGUGACGCAGGGCAGAAUGCUUGGCUGUUUUAUGCCUUGGAUCAGACCAGCACAGAUCUCAAUCUGUUUAAGGUGCACGAGUACACAGGUGAGAUCCGCACCACAAGGCGAGUCACUGAAGAUAACUCUACUACCUUUCUUCUGACUGUUGUGGUUCGUGACCAUGGUGUUCCUCCACUCUCCUCCACCACCACCAUUCAUGUGCAUGUGAUGGAGCUGCCUCCUAAGUUGACGCCUGACAUGAAGAGCAUUGUCAGGCAUGACAGCAAACUAAUGUUUUCCCCCAUCACUCUCUACCUCAUCAUAGCCCUAUGCGCCACGACUUUUGUAUUUCUGGUCACAGUCUUUGUUCUGGCCAUCGUGCAAUGUCACGAGUACUGCACGCAGAAGGGUUCCUGCUCCCCAUGUUGUGUCACCCAGAGAAGUAUGCCUGACGGGGGUGCCUCAGCAGGUGGCGGAGGGGGAAGAGCCACAGGUGGUGGUGGUGCAGGCGUAGUAGGACAGCAAAAUGCCAAUGUGGCCCUGCGCCGUGACCUCAAGGUGGAACCUCAUUACAUCGAAGUGCGAGGAAAUGGGUCUCUGACCAAAACGUACUGUUAUAAGACAUGCUUGACAGCUACGUCAGGAAGUGACACGUUUAUGUUUUACAACACGGGGAGGCCACAGAGUGGCACCUGGGGCUCGGGUUAUGUCACCAGCCACAGUGGGCAGAGCCAGAUAUUUGUACGGCGUCUCAGUAUGCCAGAUUCAACAACCAUUCAGCCCAAGGUGCCUAAUACAGACUGGAGAUACUCAGCCUCUCUGAGAGCAGGAGGUGUAAUGCAGAGUUCAGUGCACAUGGAAGAGUCCUCUGUCAUGCAGGGAGCCCAGGGUGUCCUGGUACAGAACUGGCCCACUGCAUCCAGUGCUGCUGAUGCUGAAGGAGGAGAGGUUUCGCCCCCGAUGGGUGCCGGCAUCGACAGCAACAGCUGGCACUUUCGUUACGGCCCCGGGGGCCCUGGUGCACCCCCACAACACCUGAAGCCCGGUGAGGUUCCUCCAGAAGCUUUCAUCAUUCCCGGCUCACCCGCCAUAAUAUCUAUCAGACAGAACCAGGGAGGAGAGGACGACAAGAGUGACUUCAUCACCUUCGGCAAGAAAGAAGAGGCCAAGAAGAAGAAGAAGAAGAAGAAGGAGAAAGAGAAGAAAGACAAAAAGGAUAAAGGGAAGGAUGAUGGUGAUGAGUAAAGCAGGAAGAAAUGAAAAAAAAAAAAAAGAGAAUAGCAAAGAAGAAAAGGGCGUUGCUAAAACAGAGGUACCAACCAAAGUUCACUGGGCAAAAAGAGAAUAUAUUACUUUACUACCUAUAAUCACUAACAAUUUAAAGCUUUUACUCUUGAUCCGGGUUAUACCAAUAAUUAGUUUACCUUCAUCUUGCCUUUAUACAAGUAAUGAUACAACAAACAAUAUAAUGAUUGUUUAUUUCUCUCCAUGCCCCAUGUGCCUAUGCACCCCGAGCCAACUCAUGUCAUUAUUUAGAAAAAUAAAGUUCCACUCUUUGCCCUUGUGAUGACUCGUUUCUCUUUUAACCCACUGGGCAUGUUGGCACCUCUGUAUUACCCCCACUCUAAUGUGUAAAGCAUCCUCUCAUCGAGGCAUACAAUAUUUUGGAACAAAACGAACUGUGCCAGCAAAUAGGAAAAGAAGAAACACGAAGAAGACUGACACAGAUGCAUGCAGUCUGCAGCUGGACACGUUCUACUUGUAAAUAGCACAGACAGGAGUCACCGAAACCAAGGCUUAAUGACACUGCUGCAGAAUCCCAGGUAAUUACCAACAGUGUUCCCUGAAAUUGCAUUGAAACACAUGCAC